GUUUGCAAGUGACCCAGCUGACAUUGCUGGACCAGUCGUCUGUCCGGCACCAUGUACCGGUACCAUGCCGUGUGUGCCAUCUUGGCUCUUGUGCCUGCUAUCAUCCUGGGCUUUGACCCCGGGGACCAGCAGCAGGAGGACUACGACAGUUAUGACGCAUCUCAGCAGCAAAUGAUGGACUUAUUUGCCCCCGAGGAAUCACAGGUUCAUGAAGUGAUUCAACAGCCACAACAUGGGUUGGGGCUGUCUAUACCUGGUCUUGGACAAAUUCUGCAUCAAAAUCCACCACGUGGCGUUCAGGCAGACCCAAGCUACUUUCAAAGUGGUGCUUUGGGCCAUGCAUUGGGAAGUCUGAGAUCCUUGAAACAUUUUACAUUAGGAAGUUGCUCAACUCGUUUGACCUCUCCGAUGAACUCUGCCCUCAAAUGUUCUACUUACAGUGGGUGUCAGGCCACUUGCAAGAAGGGCUACUUAUUUCCCAGCGGAGACACUCAGAUAUUCUUCGUCUGUGACAACGCCAAGUGGAAGGUCAAGGGCAGCACCGAUGACACCAUUCCCAACUGCAAGCCCACGUGUAUCCCACCUUGUCAGCAUGGAGGCUCGUGUUCCUCUCCCAACACAUGUGACUGUGUGGAGCCGUUCUCUGGUCCUUACUGUCAGUACGAGCGCAAGCGUUGUCUCGGCUACCCUCCUACACCCAACAAUGCUCGCAAGAUCUGCAACUCCGAAAGUUGCACCAUCACGUGUUUGGACAAGCAUCAGUUUCCUGAUGGCUCGGGAAUAGCCAACGUGUUCUGCAAGGAGGGGCAGUGGUCUCCUGCUAGGCCUGACUGGCCCACCAUACCGGACUGCAAGCCUGUCUGCAUUCCUGAAUGCCAAAAUGGUGGAAGUUGUAUGGCAUUCAACAAGUGCAACUGUGCGCAACAAUUCAGAGGACCUUUCUGCCAAUACCCGGUGGAUGGGUGUGACUUCCGCAAACUGAACUUCAAUGGUAACUACAACUGCAGCGAGAGUGGAGGCACGUACUCUUGUAGCCUCACUUGUCCACAGGGCAUGGACUUCAGCUCUCCCCCCGCCCCCUUGUACUCCUGUAUGUACAGUGAGGCGCGGUACAGACCUCCCACUCCACCCCAGUGCAUCUUUGGUGAAGAGGACAAAAGUUCUGGCCCAAACCUAGUGUUUAGCAGAGGAGAUGGAGGCAGCAUACUGAGUGAGACCGAGAUAGUAUCUCGCUACAGUGCCCCCCGCAAGUUCCACAUCUCGGACCUGCCGGUGGGUUACUCAGACCUGGUCAGCAGUCUGUUUGUGCUGGAGAAGAAGACCCCUACUCCUGGCACCUGCUUCGCUUGGGCCGGCUACCACUACAAGACCUUCGAUGGCAGAAUCAUAAGCUUCAAGAGUGGAUGUACGUACACGCUGGCCAGUGACAUCGUAGACAACACCUUCCAGAUACAGAGCUCUACGCACAACUGCACGGCUGGCUCCUGUCACUUCAAAGUCAUCCUCUACAUCAACGACAAGAGAUAUGAGCUAGCACUCUCUGACCAAGGACUGCCGGUGGUUGUGGGAGAGUCUCGACAAUGGACUGUGCCUAGUCAGUUGGCAGACCUGCGUACUGAGAUCGUGGGCUAUUCUGUGGUGGCAACCCUGCAAGGUCUGGGUGUCUCCGUGCACUGGAAUUUAAAGGACACGGUGGAGGUUCAGGUGACGGAGGCGUUGUGGAAUCGAACUGGAGGUCUCUGUGGCCGCAUGGAUGGACACGCAACCAACGACUUGGAACGUGAGCAGGACAGCGUUGUCGCGUACGCGAACAGGUGGCAGGCAAACCCACCCUCUGAGCGAUGCACCAGCUCUGUGGAGGAAGAUGCCUGUGUGGAUGCAGCAUCUCAACAAAGUGCUCACGAGUUCUGUAAUCGUCUUAUGGUGGACAAGCGUUUUGAAGCAUGCAGGAAGUUCCUGCCCACAAGACAGUACUACGAGGCUUGUCGUUGGGACUAUUGUUCUUGCCGUGACUGGAAUCAGAAGGCCUGCGGUUGUCGGUCUAUCGCCAUGUUUGUGCGUGACUGUCUCCAGCACGGCGAGAAGAGCGUGGAAAACUGGCGUGACGAGGAUAACUGCCCCGUAGAGUGCAGUGGAGGCAGAGUAUACAAGGCCUGUGGUCCUGCUUCUGUGGCUACGUGUAUGACAGGUGACAUAGAGCUGUUGAGCUCUCAAUGCGAGGAGGGCUGCUACUGCCCGAAUGGCACGAGACUCCACGAGGGCAAGUGUAUCCCGCAGGAAGAGUGUCCUUGCUACUUAAGAGCCAAGGCUUUCCAAACCGGUCAGAAGGUGGCUAAGGAUUGUAACACUUGUGAGUGUGCGAAUGGCAAAUGGGUCUGUACGAGUUCAGUGUGUUCCGCAAGAUGCGAGGCGAUCGGAGACCCUCACUACCAGACAUUUGACGGCAGACGAUACAACUUCAUGGGGAAGUGCUCUUACUAUUUGCUCCAUACUGACAACUACACAGUUGAGGCGGAGAACGUGGCAUGUGACGGCAGGAUAUCACAGAAUAUGGGAUUCUCAUUAUCGACUGGCUUUACACCUUCCUGUACCAGGACCGUCACUAUUAGGAUGGGAAAAGAUCAGGUCCUACGGCUCAAGCAACACAAGGAGAUCUCUGUAAACAACGAGGAUGUUGAGAAUCUGCCUGUGGUUCUGGCUGGAGCAUAUGUUCGAGCAGCAUCCUCCAUGUUUGUGCAAGUGGAGAUGCCGGACGGUGUGGAGGUGUGGUGGGACGGUCAGACCAGAGUCUACAUCACAGCUCCUCCUGCACUUAAGGGAAAGACAAAGGGACUAUGCGGCACGUUCAAUGGUAACCAGAAGGAUGACUUCCUGACUCCUGAGGAUGAUGUGGAGCAGGAGCCGUCUGCCUUCGCUGACAAGUGGAGGACUCGAGAGACCUGUGAGAACAGUGCGACUGUCUCCAGUAGCAGCCACCCCUGUGACAAGCAUGUACAGAACAGGGCAGUAGCAGAGAGUUACUGUUCCAACAUCACCAGCAACCUCUUUGCAGACUGCCACUACCUGGUUGAUCCUGCUCCUUACUACGAAGACUGUCUGUAUGACGUUUGCUCGUGCAAUGGUCGUUUGUCGGAGUGCCUGUGUCCUGUCAUAGCUGCCUACGCCAAGCAGUGUACGUUCCAGGGCGCCACCAUAGACUGGAGGGAUAAGGUUGUAGAAUGUGGGAUCCAGUGUCCUCACGGACAGCAGUACCAGGCGUGUGGGUCGACUUGUGCGCACUCCUGCAGUGACCUUGGUCGUGAGUGUCCCCGCCACUGGCAGUGUGUGGAAGGCUGCUACUGUCCAUCGGGACACACCCUGGACCCUAGGACCGGGGAGUGUGUCAGCGUGGCCACAUGUCCCUGCCAGCACCAUGGGAUGGAGUACCCACCCAACCACAAGGAAAUACGCCCAGGCACCAAAGCUCUGCAGUUUUGUGAAUGUACCAACGGAGUGUGGCGCUGCUCCGCAGCUAGUGCAGAACAGAUCAGAGACUACCCCAACCAGUCCUUGGAUCUGACAACCUCCUGCAGUGCUACAAGACACCAGGAGUACACCCACUGUGAACCUCCGGAGCCAAUCACCUGCAAGAACAUGCACGAUCCACCAGCGUUCAGUCCAUCUAUCUGUCGGUCUGGUUGUAUCUGUAGACGAGGUUAUGUGCUUGACUCUCUCACUAAGGAAUGUGUCAAGCCGUCCCAGUGUCCUUGUCAUCAUGGUGGACACAGCUAUUCUGAUGGUGACAAGAUACAGGAGGACUGCAACACUUGUACAUGCGAGGGAGGCAAGUGGACCUGUACCCAGCACUCCUGCCCAGGUCUGUGUAGUGCUUGGGGAGAUUCACACUUCCGUACGUUUGAUGACCGGAUCUUUGACUUCCAGGGUGCUUGUGACUAUAUGCUGGCCAAGGGCUCUUUGUCUGACUCUGACUCAUUCAAUGUGGCCCUUGAGAUUGUCUCUUGCGGAACGUCCGGUGUGAGUUGUCCUAAAGCUGUCACUCUGUCAGUGGGCUCAGGCGACAAACACGAGACCAUCACCUUCUCAACCAACAAGCCACUUCCAGUCAGCAUAAACCUGGACAGAAUCACAGUAAGACAAGCAGGGUUAUUUGUGUUUGCCGAAGUGGCAGACUUGGGCAUCGUGCUGCAGUGGGACAGAGGCACCAGAGUCAUUCUCAAGGCAGAUCCCAAGUGGAAAGGAAGGCUUAAAGGUCUAUGUGGUAACUACAAUGGAGAUGAAAAGGAUGAUUUCCAGACACCAUCAGGAGGUGUGAGUGAGGUGUCUGCCCAACUGUUUGGGGACUCCUGGAAACUGCAACCAUACUGUCCUCAGGCUCGUCCUGUACUGGACACCUGCAAGCUUCAUCCUAAUCGUAAGUCCUGGGCUGUCAAGAAGUGUGGAGUGCUCAAGUCUUCAUUGUUCCGCCCCUGUCACUCUGAAGUACCGAUCGAACCUUACCUUGACAGGUGUAUAUUUGACACUUGUGGCUGUGACCAAGGAGGGGACUGUGAAUGUUUGUGUACUGCGUUGGCCGCGUACGCACAGGAGUGCAACACACGCGGAGUACACAUCAAGUGGCGUACCCAGGCAUUGUGCCCCAUACAAUGUGAUGAGACUUGCUCCCAGUACCAACCAUGUGUGGAGACCUGCCCACUGGAGACCUGUGACAACACGCUGAUGUACAAGUCUCUGUCAGUACUCUGUCAGCAGGAUACCUGCGUCGAAGGUUGCCAGAUGAAGCCGUGUCCUCCGGGUCAGGUGUACCACAACAUCACACACCCAGUCUGUGUGCCUGUGGCCGAGUGCAAGCCUGUCUGUCUCACGGUUGAUGGGAAGGAGUACUUUGAAGGUGACUUGAUGGAGGGCGAUGACUGCUACAGUUGUUACUGUUCCCGCCACAAGAAGACAUGUACUGGCCAGCCCUGUACCACCCCCAGUCCCCCUCCUCCCACCACCACCCCUGCCCAGGAUCAGGCCAUGCAGUGUGUCCCGGGUUGGUCAGAGUGGAUGAGCAAUGAUCAGCCCAUUCCGGACAAAAAGGAGUCAGACAUUGAACCACUGCCUUCCCCUAGAGAUUUCAAGUCUGCUGCGUUCUACGCCAAGGGACUUAAGAAGUCGGCCGCAAGAGGACAGUGUGCGCGAGAGAUGAUGGCAGACAUUGAGUGUCGCACUGUUUACACCAAUCAACACUACAAGGAAACAAUGCAGGAUGUAGAGUGUAGCCUGGAGCAAGGACUGGUGUGUCGAGGACAGUGCGACGAUUACGAGAUUAGAGUGCUGUGUCACUGUGGGUCCACGACUGUAACAACUCCAACAACAGUGACAACAACUGAACUGGUGACAGAACCUUCAACAACAACAACGACGACGACGACGACAACUACAACCACUACAACAUCUACUACCACAACAAGUGAACAACCAGUGGUGGAGAUAGUGACGUGCGAUGUCUUGAAGCCCGUGUCGGUACACCCCGGGGACUGCAGCAAGUACUACCAGUGCGCUGAAACCGAGAGGGGACUGGAACAGCUGGAGCGGGAGUGCGCUCCACUCUUGUGGUUCAACCCGGAGAGUUUGAACUGUGAUUGGCCCGAGACAGUGAAGCAUAUUCGCCCUGAGUGUACAGUGACUGAGGGCAAACCAGUCUGCGAGGAGAGCUGGAGUGAGUGGGUGAACGUGUCACAUCCUGCCAGCGAGGAUGGGGACUUUGAGACUUUCUCUAAGAUACAGGAGGCUGGCAUCUCCUUGUGUCCUGGUGUCAACGGUCACAUCAAGGACAUACAAUGCCAGUAUCGGGCAGCACCACCCACUAAGACUGCAACCAAGAAGGGACGCAAGCCCAGUCGGUGGACAGAUAGAGAUUAUAGAGAGUCGGACGAUGUGGAUGUGAUUUGUUCUCCGCAGACAGGACUGACCUGCCUCAACUACAAACAGGCAGACGGGCAGUGCCAGGACUAUAGCAUCAGGGUGUUGUGUGGUUGUGAAAAAGAAGUAGAAAUUGGGGUACACGAGGUUGGAAUAACAGAGCAACCAAGGAUCAACCCUGUGGCUGAAGGCUGCCGAAGUGAUGAACAGUGGGUUGAGUGUAAUCUGCAAUGUGACCAGUUGUGUCUAUACUACGAUCAUGUGCUUCAGGUUGAGGGCAAGUGCACCACAGGGCGGAAGUGUGUUGCAGGAUGCUGGCCUACGGGUUCCGCAACUGCUUGCCCUCCUGGGUUCCGUUGGAGAGAGUGGGGUUCCUGUGUCCGCAUUGAUGACUGUACCUGCAGGUCAAACUCUGGAGCAAUCGUCAAGCCAGGAGAGGUGAUUCACGAAAGUGACUGCAAAGUCUGUAUCUGUGAGAACAACCAUUACACGUGUGAUGACUCUGCCUGUCACACAACUACGUCUACAACCACAACCACAACUACAACAACAACAACAACAACAACAGAGACUCCAACCACAACCACAGAGCCGGUCACCACCACAGAACCAACCACAGUGUUCAUACUACCCAGCACAGUGUCCCCACCCCCACCUUGUGAUCGAGACAGAUUGGUUCCUCUGCUGGUGAGACUACCUGACUCAGCAUUCACAGCAUCUACUAGUCAACUGGGGUCGGAGCCGUGGCAGACACGACGCCGGGGGACUACAGGCCUCAGUGUGUGGAGACCUCAAGUAUCCAGACAGAACGAGUUCUUGCAGGUGGAUCUGGGCAUGCCAGAACCUGUGUAUGGGGUGCGCAGUGCAGGUGCCAACUCGACACAAUACGUCAGUAGCUUCCAGCUGCUGUAUAGCAUGGACAACAAUACUUUCAGCUACGUCACCCUCUACAGCCUUCCCGAGGUGUUCCGAGGUUCGGUGACAGGAGAACCACUGGUACAGAUGUUUGGCCAACCUAUAGAAGCGCGAUACAUCCGCGUGUUGCCAGAAACAUGGGUCGGUGAUAUCGCGCUCAGUCUGGAACUGCUAGGAUGUGGAGAACCCACCACGACUGAGGAGCCCACCACAGAGCCUGUUACCACCACCACGGCACUGCCCACCACCACAGAACUGCUCACCACAAUCCCGACCACUGUAGCGCCAGUCUGCACCGACGACAUGGGCCUGGACGCUGGACUACUGGGAGCCCACCAAGUGACAGUUUCAUCUAGUAAACAGCUCCACUUCCACCCAAGGGUGGCAGCCCUCUCUCACCCCCAUGGGUGGAUCCCCCUCCUGAGCUCUCCCAGUGAGUGGAUACAGUUUGACUUACUGGAGGAGCGUAUACUGACGGGUGUGAAGACCAAAGGCAGUCCUGAGGCCGUGUACGAGCCUGCCUGGGUCACCAGUUACAAGGUCACGUACAGCCAUGACGGACAGAACUGGAACCUCAUUCUGAGCCCAGAGCACACUGAGAAGGUAUUUCUGGGUAACUACGACAGCGGAUCUGUUCACACCAACUACUUCGACAAGCCAGUGCACGCGCGUUAUGUGAGGGUCUACCCCAACACUUGGCACAACAUGCCAGCUUUGAGAUUGGAGCUACUCGGCUGCUACGAGCCUUAUCCCACAGUGACUACAGAAGCUACCACAACAGAAGAACCGAUAAUCACUACAGAAGGCCUGUGUAACAUCUGCGAGGGCGCACCCUCUGUCAGCCCCUGCCCAUGCUCUGAGACUGCCUGGUGGGAUGGGGAACAGUGCACCACUCGCACACAGUGUCCGUGCUACGUCGGCCAUAUCACGUACGCUGUAGGAUCCACAUACGACACCGAGGACUGCGAUCAGUGUAUCUGCAGCCUCAACGGCCAGCCUCGGUGCUCCAAGAAGAUUUGUCCCUCUUGUGCCAAGGAUCUGCUAGCUGUGCUGACCCCCAGUUGCGGUUGUGUGUGUAAGCCUUGUCCUGAGGGUACGCGGAUGUGCCCCACCUCCAAUAUCUGUGUCAACAUCACUUCCUGGUGUGAUGGGGUCCUGGAUUGUGCCGAUGAUGAGGUGGACUGUACCACCACUCCUCUGCCCACCACUCCUCUGCCCACCACUCCUCUGCCCACCACUCCUCCGCCCACCACUCCUCCGCCCACCACUCCUCCGCCAACCACUCCGCCCACCACGUCUACCACACCGGCCACCACCACCACCGCUCAGAUUUCAAGGAUCGUAGCGUGCCCCACAGUGGAGUGUCCUGAGGGGUUCUUGGUAAAUUACACCAAGCAGGAGCCAGAGAGUUCAGGAUGGAGUCCAUUUGGUAGGAAGAGCAAGUGGGGCUCAAUGAUCAAAGGACGAGCCCGCGGAGGGGUGAAAGGUGGUCGCAAGGGGGUGCCCCCCCACAAGACACGUCGACCCCCCACCAAGACACCAUUGGUCUGCCCAGAGUACAAAUGCGUGCCUAACAAACCUAAGGAGAAGUUCUGUCCUAUUCCGAAAUGCUCAGAUGGAUAUGAUUUAAAGACGAUAGAGGUGCAAGGCGAUAAGUGUCCUGAGUACUCCUGCGAGCUGCGGCAUGUGCCAGACGGCAAGUGUAACGUUACCGGCCGCACCUUCGACACCUUUGAUGGCACCGAAUAUAAAUACGACAUCUGCGACCACGUCCUGGCCCAGGAUACUGUCAACAAGGAGUGGCAGAUCAAGUUGAAGAAGAUUUGCCCCUAUAUUGGCUCUUGCUCCAAGGCUCUCAUCAUCUUCCAGCACAACCACACUCUGCAGUUCAACUCUGACCUGAGUAUCCUGUACGACGGGUAUUCCUACACUGUGCCUCAGAUGCAGAAAAUUGGUCAACAGACUCGAGACUUUGCCAUGAAGCAAGUGAGCAACAAGUUUAUCAUCUUUGCCAGCAUCCUGGACUUUACAGUUAUCUGGGAUGUCCAGGGCAAUGUCAGGAUAACGUUCAUCAUUUUCGCCAGCAUCCUUGAUUUCACUGUCAUCUGGUAUGUCCAGGGCAAUGUCAGGAUAACGGUGAGUACCUGUACUAGUAAGAAUGGUUUCAUCAAGCAAGUGAGCAACAAGUUCAUCAUCUUCGCCAGCAUCCUGGAUUUCACUGUCAUCUGGUAUGUCCAGGGCAAUGUCAGGAUAACGGUGAGUACCUGUACUAGUAAGAAUGGUUUCAUCAAGCAAGUGAGCAACAAGUUCAUCAUCUUCGCCAGCAUCCUGGAUUUCACUGUCAUCUGGGAUGUCCAGGGCAAUGUCAGGAUAACGGUUCCAGGAAGUGCUCAAGGCCAGGUGGAUGGACUCUGUGGAUUCUUCGACGGAGAUAAAAACAAUGACCGUCGCAAGCCGGACGGCAGCCAAGCCCACACCAGUGUGGAGUUUGGUGACAGUUGGGGCCGCACAGACUGUGACACGCACGUGUGUCCUCUACACAUUCAGAACAUGGCUUGGGAGAUGUGCAGUAUCAUCAAAAAAGAGCCGCUGAACCAGUGCGAGGGAGCCAUCAACUUGGACAAAGCUGUGUCCGUUUGUGUGGAGUCCAUAUGUGCAUGUAUGGAUAGAAACGUGAGUGAUCCCGAGGCCUGUCGCUGCCAGGCUCUGCUUGAUAUUGUCACAACAUGUCAGGCCCUGCAACCACAUGUUGACAUGCAUGCAUGGCGCAUGCACCACAACUGCCCGGUGAACUGCUCUGCACCGUUGGUGUAUAAGGAAUGCUACUCACGUGCGUGUGAGCCCAGCUGUGAUGAUUUAAUGCAGGAGGACCCGUGUCCGGCUAUGGACGGAGAGUGUUUCCCAGGCUGUUACUGCCCUGAUGGUCUCGUGAUGGAUGGCCUUCGCUGUGUCAGACCGACGGACUGCAGAGACUGUGUGUGUAACGGGUUUGGAAAGACAAGAUUUGUCACGUUCGACAGAGUAGACUUCAGCUUUGACGGCAACUGUACACAUGUCCUGGCCAAGACACUGGAACACUCUCAUGGCCCCAAGUUCAAGGUACUGGCCACAAAUGGACCGUGUGCUGAUGAGUCUGGGGACACUUGUGUCAAGAGUCUGACAGUCUUGUACUUGGAUCAUACUGUACACCUCAGCAGCACGGGCACUGAACAGAAUGUCCUGGUUGACGAUGAAUCAGCUGCACUGCCCCAGUCCCUGGGUUGGACCACCCUGGGUCUCUCAGCCAGCAAGGCACUGAAAUUUUCCAUCCCUGACAUCCACCUAGACCUGGUGUUCCAUGGAGUGGAUCAUGGCUUCUCAAUCUCUCUAUGUAAUGUCCUGGUUGACGAUGAACCAGCUGCACUGCCUCAGUCACUGGGUUGGGUCUCCCUGGGUCUCUCAGCCAGGAAGACUGUGACAAUCUCCAUCCCUGACAUCCACCUGGCCCUGGUGUUCUAUGGAGUGGAUCAUGGCUUCUCAAUCUCUCUAUGUAAUGUCCUGGUUGACGAUGAACCAGCUGCACUGCCUCAGUCACUGGGUUGGGUCACCCUGGGUCUCUCAGCCAGCAAGGCUGUGACAAUCUCCAUCCCUGAUAUCCACCUGGCCCUGGUGUUCUAUGGAGUGGAUCAUGGCUUCUCAAUCUCUCUAUGUAAUGUCCUGGUUGACGAUGAACCAGCUGCACUGCCUCAGUCACUGGGUUGGGUCACCCUGGGUCUCUCAGCCAGCAAGGCUGUGACACUUUCCAUCCCUGACAUCCACCAAGACCUGAAUGUCCUGGUUGAUGAUGAACCAGCUGCACUGCCCCAGUCCCUGGGUUGGGCCACCCUGAGUCUCUCAGCAAGGAAGGCUGUGACAAUCUCCAUCCCUGAUAUCCACCUGGCCCUGGUGUUCUAUGGAGUGGAUCAUGGCUUCUCAAUCUCUCUAUGUAAUGUCCUGGUUGACGAUGAACCAGCUGCACUGCCUCAGUCACUGGGUUGGGUCACCCUGGGUCUCUCAGCCAGCAAGGCUGUGACACUUUCCAUCCCUGACAUCCACCUAGACCUGAAUGUCCUGGUUGACGAUGAACCAGCUGCACUGCCUCAGUCACUGGGUUGGGUCACCCUGGGUCUCUCAGCCAGCAAGGCAGUGAAACUUUCCAUCCCUGACAUCCACCUAGACCUGAAUGUCCUGGUUGACGAUGAAUCAGCUGCACUGCCUCAGUCACUGGGUUGGGCCACCCUGGGUCUCUCAGCCAGCAAGGCAGUGACACUCUCCAUCCCUGACAUCCACCUGGACCUGAAUGUCCUGGUUGACGAUGAACCAGCUGAACUGCCUCAGUCACUGGAUUGGGCCACCCUGGGUCUCUCAGCCAGCAAGGCUGUGACACUUUCCAUCCCUGACAUCCACCUAGACCUGAAUGUCCUGGUUGACGAUGAACCAGCUGCAUUGCCCCAGUCACUGAGUUGGGCCACCCUGGGUCUCUCAGCCAGCAAGGCUGUGACACUCUCCAUCCCCGACAUCCACUUGGACCUGGUGUUCUAUGGAGUGGAUCAUGGCUUCACAAUCAGUCUGCCCUCUCAAAUUUACAAGGGUGUAACCGAAGGGUUGUGUGGAAGCUGUAAUAACAACCAGACGGAUGACUUCAAGACCAAGGAAGGUGAGAUAACAGAAGACGCUGACAAGUUCGGGAAGAGCUGGAAGGCCACUGAACUUCCACCAGUUUUGGGCACAGAAGAGCAGUGCUCUGUGAAUGUUAACAAGAACAACUGCACUCUCCCCCCAGCAGAGAAUGAUCUCUGUCUCAAGCUCUUGGACACUGCUCUUUUUGGAAGAUGCCAUGCUGUGGUGGAGCCAGAACCAUUUGUGAAACUGUGCCACGAGAGCUGGUGCCAUAACAACCAUACCGGAUGCCAAGACCUGGAACCUUAUGCCAAAGAGUGCCAGGCGACCGGUAUCUGUCUGUCUUGGAGAGGUCCUGAUCUGUGUCCUUACCAGUGUCCUCCUGGUCUGCAGUAUCAAGCGUGUGGGCUGGGCUGUGACAUCACCUGUGACAACGUGGAACUCUACCGCAAGAACCCUUCUGCUUGUGCUGCCCCCAACUCUGAGUCUUGCGUCUGUCCUUACCCUCAGGUAUGGAAGAACAAUAGCUGUGUGCCUGAAAACCGCUGCCAACCCUGUGAUGUGGAAGGUCACUACCCUGGGGACUCCUGGCAGCCUGAUAUCUGCACUACUUGUACCUGCCAGGUUGGCAACAGUGUGCAGUGCCAGCGGACUCAGUGUCCCAGCACUGCAACAGUCUGUGAGAGAGGCUUCAAGUCCAUUGUAGUUCAAGGCACAGAGGCAGAUUGCUGUCCUAAGUACAUGUGUGUUCUGGAACCUCGGGAACAGGAGGCUACCUGUCCACCUCCUCAGCAACCGGUCUGUGGCUACGGGCAAGUGCUGAAGACAGAGUCCGGCCCCAAUGGAUGUCAGGAGUUUAUCUGCCAAUGUGUGCCGAGUGACGAGUGCCCGGACGUCGAUGCCAUGUUAGGGCAUACCGAGGAGCCUGGUAUGCAGGCUGUAGUCAACACCUCAGGGUGCUGCCCCCGAGUGGAGGAGUUGUGUCGACCGGAGACCUGCCCCCCUCCCCCCACUUGUCCACCCUUUAUGGAGGUGACCAAACGUGAUGUUGAGCGCUGCUGCUUCGACUACAGAUGCGAACCUCUUAAAGAAACUUGCUUGUACGAAAUGGAGUUCAUUGAAGACGCUGAAGGUGGAGAACGCAAACGCAAACCAUCAGAGCGGUUCACUGUCGCCAAGAAGAACGGUGAGGUUUGGCAAGAUGGGCCCUGUCGGGAGUGUGAAUGUCAAAGCAACGUGUGGAGAGCCAAGUGUACAGUACAGCAGUGUCCUGCCCAGCCGUCAGACCCAGACUUUGUCUUUGAAGCCCAGCCACAGGCCAAGAAGUGUUGUCCUGAGUACAAGAAAACAGCCUGUCGAGUUGGCAACACCAUCUACAAGGAAGGAGAAGUUCUUGUUGCGGCCGACGGUGAUCCAUGCAAGAAUCUGACAUGUCUGAGAACUGACUCCGGAGAACUGGUACUUCAUAAGAGCACCCAGGCUUGUGAUACCGAGUGCCCACUGGGCUGGGAGUAUACAGAGCCAGUGUUCUCGAGCCACUGCUGUGGAGAGUGCAAGCCAGUAGCGUGUGUGGUCAACGGGACUCUACACAGGAGAGAUAGCAGCUGGCAGUCUCCAGACAACUGUACAUCCUUUAUGUGUGACAUCUCAGGCAAGCAGGUACAAGUGAUAUCGUCCCAAGAGCAGUGCCCGAGUCUUCUUGACUGCCCGGUAGAGAACCAGUACCAAGAUGGCUGCUGUCUCAAGUGUAACCAGACAACAGCUGAGUCCCACAGUGAGUACUGAGAUAUAUCUGGACUCAA